GCGAGGCAGUGAGUGGAAGCGCGAUGCGGUAGAUGUACAGAAUCCGAUCGCCAUGAGGGGAAGAUGGGUCCACAGACUUUUAUUCAUUCAUCAUUAACCAGGGCACUUGUCUUCCCCGUGGCUGAUUCUUAUCACCAUCGCGCCAGCUUCAAGCCUCGUUGCAAUUGCAACACACACACAGGGUAGAAUAGAUAGCUUUGCAAGGAUUUUUUUUCUUUUUUUGGUUUUCGGAAGUGUGAGCGUGAAGUUAGUGUGAGGUUUGUUAUUAUUUUCUUUUCUCGUGGGGUUUUUUUGCGUGCGGCUACGUAGGGUUUGGUAGAGAUGGCGAUGGUGCCCAGUGGACGCGGGGACGAAGGUGUAGGAGGAGGCGAGUGGACUGAUUCCGGCGAUGGGUUCAAUGAUUCUUCUUCCUCUGCGUCUCCCGAGGCCGGGAACUGGAGCGCAGGCGGGCCGAAUCACCCCACCUUUUGCUUCUUCAAGGGCGUUGCAGAUGGGCUAGCGGGCGGGCUCAUGGGGUCCGUGUUUGGAUUCGGAUCGGGUCUUUUUAAGAAGCAAGGCUUCAAAGGAUCUCUGAGGGAGGGUGGCUCAUCUGCCAAGACCUUUGCAAUCCUAUCGGGCGUGCACAGCAUUGUAUCGUGCUACUUGAAGAAAGUCCGCGGCAAGGAAGAUGCUUGGAACGCUGGAAUUGCUGGUUGCGCAACUGGUUUAGCACUAAGCACCCCUGGAACACCUCAAGCAUUGGCGCAGAGCUGUCUUAGUUUCGGAGCCUUCUCCUUUCUUUUGGAAUACAUGAACCACACUAGGCCUGCCAUAGCAGCAACCUCCUCUGAAUCCCAAUCCAGCCAUCUUCCCCAAAUCAACGUUAACAACCACCUUCACUUGCAUUUCAAUCUACCAGCUCUUCCUCCUUUCACCCUUCCUCCUUUAGCAUUCCCGGGCGCAUUAUCUUUUCUGAACCAAGAGUUGGCGAACAGGACAAGGCCCUUGUAAUUCGUGUACAGUCAACUCGUAAUGUGUUGUAGCAGGAAUUGUGGUUUUCAUUUAUGAAAAAGAAAAAGAAAAAAAUCUAAUUUACAGCAUCUGUUUCUGGAAUUUUUUGUCAUGUUAUCGGCAACCUGUGAAUCGACCACAGAUCAGUUUUACUUAUCGGCUCUCCCUGACUUUGCUCGAGCAAGAACCGACGCUCCGAUCGCAUCUGGAGCCUCUGCGUUCCACAUGCCAUCUUUUGCAAUGACAUUUUUCUUGGCCAUUUGAUUAGCUGAAGGCGGUCCAGCCGCAGCUUGCUCACCAAGCUCAUCUUUGCAUGGAGGCUCUUGGGAUUGGCAACCGCAUGGAUCGACUCUUUCAGUUUUGUCAAAGUCUUCUGGUGGCAAGGUGAAGCCGCAUGGAGGCUCAGGCCUGCAACCAGUAGCAACUGUGAUUAAAACUCUAGUGCAAUGUAUUUCACUGAGGGGUGUAGGAGACUCUCAUGAAGAGCGCUUGAAUGUAGAAGUAUCGCUUAGUGUUUUGGACAAAAUUUGGAAAUGCAGUAAUCCUCAUGGAGGAGUCACUCGAUCUUUUGUCAAUCCCUCUUCAUUGAACCCACUCAAUCCUCAGUAUUCCUCAAGAAAGGACUCCGAAAUUCACAUGCUGUUGUUUCGGAAAGCUCUCUUAGUAGAAGACAGUGUUGAGGCAACAAAUUCAACUAAUUGCAGUUAAGUGUUCCUAGUG